CCCAGCCCUACUCAGCCAGGCAUCGCCGCAAAUUGCAACGCGUACCAUCUGGUGGCGAGUGGUGAGACCUGCACCAGUAUCGCGACGACAGCCGGCAUCUCCCUGACCGACUUUUACUCGUGGAACUCCGGCGUCGGCAGCGGGUGUACCGCCCUGUGGUUGGGGUACUAUGUCUGCGUCGGGGUGGGAUCAACGGCGACCACCACCACCACCACCACAAGUACCACCACGACCGCUCCGGUGUCGACUCCUACCCCCAUCCAGACGGGCAUGGUGACCAACUGCAAUAACUUUUACCUGGUGUCGUCUGGCGAUACGUGCACCACUGUUGCGACAAAGGAGGGGAUCACUGUGCAGAACAUUGUGACCUGGAAUCCGGCCGUGGGGACGGGAUGCACUAAUAUGUGGUAUGGAUACUAUAUCUGUGUUGGGGUU